CAUGUUUUCACUUCCGCCAAGGUACAUCACUCAGUAUCACAUGAUUAAAUAAUUGCUUAUUGAAAAAUGUCUGACAAGGAUAAAUUAAACGUUUUCCCGUCUCGUAUGGCUUUGGCUAUAAUAAAGGCCAGGCUUAAAGGAGCUCAGAAAGGCCAUAGUUUGCUGAAGAAGAAAGCUGAUGCUUUGACCCUAAGGUUUCGAGCAAUUCUUAGAAAAAUCAUUGAGACGAAGACAGAAGUUGGAGAAGUGAUGAAAGCUGCACAGUUUUCUUUGGCUGAGGCCAAAUUUACAUGUGGUGACAUCAGUCACGUUAUUUUACAAAACGUCACUAAGGCUUCUAUAAAGGUCAAAAGUAAAAAAGAAAAUGUAGUAGGUGUGACCCUUCCAAUGUUUGAACCUUACCAGGAUGGCAGUGACACAUACGAGUUAACUGGUCUAGCAAGGGGAGGUCAGCAGAUUGAUAAAGCUAAAAAGUGUUAUGGUAGAGCUAUAACUCUUCUUGUUGAGUUGGCCUCACUACAGACAUCUUUUAUCACCCUUGAUGAAGUCAUUAAAAUCACCAACCGAAGAGUUAAUGCUAUUGAACAUGUUAUAAUCCCCAAAAUUGAAAGGACUUUGGCCUAUAUUACAUCUGAGCUAGAUGAAAGAGACAGGGAGGAAUUCUUUAGGUUAAAGAAAGUCCAGGAAAAGAAGAAGAAAAUCAAAGCAUUAGAAGAGAAAGAAAAACAGGCGCGGCUGGCCGCCAAAUCUGCAGGAGGUGAUCAGGUUCUUGUCAGUGAAGAGGCUCCAACCAUCUUUGAUGACUUCAGAGAUCCUGAUAUAUUGUUUGACUAGUUGUUCCACAUGGGUUUUAAAAGAUGGCUGUGGAUUAUUAGUUUCUUUUUGAUUUGGUAAAAGAGACUUACCUUUAUGAAUGUAAAAGUAAUUUAUGAAUGUGAACUAUUUAUCCAUAGAAAACCAAGAACUCUAUGAGUAGCAUUCUCUAAUGAUUUUUUUUUUAUUUCAGAUCUAGAGAUACUGUAGUAAUAAUUUUGCAUAGUUGGUUUCAAUUAUUGUGGUCGUUUUAUUUAUUGCCUUGCCCAGAAUACUGGGCUAAACAUAUGUAUAAGAAGUUUUUUGUGUGCUUAUUUCAACUGGUCAUUAAUAGUACAGAGACCCAAGUCAUAAGUAUGCAACAAUUUAGCAUUUUGUAAGCCAGUGGACAGAACCCAAGGCUGGAGUAGGUAGAUAAGAUGACAUAAACCUGUCCCUAGAGUUACAUUCAACUCAGUGACUUAGAUAUCCUAACCCAUUUUUUGAUGCAAUGUGUUUCCUCUGCUCUUUGGGUUGCAAAUUGAUAUUUUACUUAUUGCCCAUAAAUCUAUUUGUAUAAAUGUAUAAUAGCUAACCCAGAUUUUCAUGUGUAUUUGAUGAGUGUUGUAACUGUAGAUAAACGUCUGCUGCUGGUUCAUGAUUGCUUUCUCAUUCCAAUAAACAGAUGUUCAAAGUUA